UGCGUCACCUCGCACACAGCGCACCCUGACAUAACUCCGCCAUUUUUUUGCGCGUUUCAGAAACGCGUUUUCGAUUCGUGGUUUUUAUUUGUGGAAAAAAUAUGUGAAAUGCUAGUGCGGCAAGCAGCGAACUGGCAAAUUUGAGAACACAGGAUCAACCAGACCGACUGAACGACCAGGAGUAGCCCUUUGUCGUUUGCGUGGAAGUGAUAAGCGUGCCGAAUGCAGACGCAUAUGUUACGCAGCAGAGUUCCCAUAUUCGCACCGCAAAAACCGAACUGGCAUUGAAGAUUGGAGAUUUUGAAGUAAGCUAGUAGCAGGAGGAAACCGCGGGCAGCCAUGAGUUUUUCCAGCGACGAAGUGAACUUUCUGGUUUACCGAUAUUUACAGGAGUCGGGCUUUCUGCACUCCGCUUACGUAUUUGGCAUCGAGUCGCACAUCUCGCAGAGCAAUAUCAAUGGAGCAUUGGUUCCACCGGCAGCCCUGCUGACCAUUCUGCAGAAGGGUCUGCUUUACACCGAAGUGGAGUGGAGCGUGGGCGAGGACGGCGAGGUAGCGCGACCCAUCGAGGGACUAUCACUUAUAGACGCAGUCAUGCCAGAGGUGAAGCCCCCUAAGCCCAUUGUUAAAACAGAGCCAGGAAAACCAGGGGCAGUGGACUCUUCUGCCCCGGCCGGUGGCAACCAGAACAGCAAUUCAAAGCCUGAGAUCAAAAUCGAACCGGGUACCGGUGCUGCAGGCCUUGCAGCAGGGAAUAAGACCGCUGGCAGUACCACGGGAACAAGCACACCUACAGACCAGUCGGCCAGUGAAGUGGACUCCAGUGGGAACGCGGCAAAUAGUACUGGCGGAACUUAUGCCGGCAACAAUGGAGCUGGAGGCAACCAAGCAAGCUCUGCAGGGCCCAAUAGCACAAGUACAACAGCUUCUGGAGAUUCAACAGCACCAGGUGCAACUCAAAAGAAAUCGCAAAACUCCAAUGAGGCAGGCAACUCUUCAAGUGGCAAUGCAGGCAAUGCAAAUGCAACUAGCACCGAUGAUGCAGCUUCUUCGACUUCUACAAAUGGCAAUAGCAGCACCUCAAGCAGCGUAGAGCAGCCCUCAAGCGGAGUAACGGCCGCUGGUAGCACUGUAUCCACCUCUAAUCCAGACUCGGCGGCAACGGGAACUGCAUCAACGGCAGCUGGAGCCAAAGCGCCCAGUGGAGCGGUCACGAUUCGCGUAGGAGCCCAAGGGAGCAAUGUUCAAGCUGGUUCAACCUCUGCUCAAAGCACGGCGCCCAGCGGCACCAUCUCCUCGUCCACAGGCGGAGGCGCCGGUACUCCCGCAGCUCUUGUGCCGAUGGAAAUCGACGAAAGCAUUGAAAUUCCAGAGUCCAAGGCUCGUGUUCUGCGCGGACAUGAGAGCGAGGUAUUCAUCUGCGCCUGGAAUCCAAGCAGGGAUCUACUAGCUAGUGGAUCAGGAGACAGCACUGCAAGAAUCUGGGACAUGUCCGAUGCGAACGCCAACUCCAACCAGCUUGUACUGCGCCACUGCAUCCAGAAGGGCGGCGCCGAGGUGCCGAGUAAUAAAGAUGUCACAUCUCUAGACUGGAAUUGUGAUGGAUCCCUGCUAGCCACAGGCAGUUAUGAUGGUUAUGCCCGGAUUUGGAAGACCGAUGGCCGACUGGCCUCCACUUUGGGCCAACACAAGGGUCCGAUCUUUGCGCUGAAGUGGAACAAGUGCGGCAACUAUAUUCUUUCGGCGGGUGUAGACAAGACAACAAUUAUUUGGGACGCAUCCACGGGACAGUGCACACAGCAAUUCGCUUUCCAUAGCGCCCCAGCAUUGGAUGUGGACUGGCAAACAAAUCAGGCCUUUGCAUCGUGCAGUACGGAUCAGCGAAUUCAUGUGUGCCGGCUGGGGGUAAAUGAACCCAUUAAAACUUUCAAAGGACACACAAACGAGGUAAAUGCGAUCAAGUGGUGCCCGCAAGGCCAGCUGCUGGCCUCGUGCUCUGAUGACAUGACACUAAAGAUCUGGAGCAUGAACCGCGAUCGCUGCUGCCACGAUCUGCAAGCGCACUCAAAGGAGAUCUACACGAUAAAGUGGUCGCCCACGGGUCCAGGAACCAAUAAUCCAAACACAAACCUCAUCCUCGCCUCAGCAUCUUUCGAUUCUACGGUGAGACUGUGGGAUGUGGAACGAGGCAGCUGCAUCCACACGCUGACUAAGCACACGGAGCCCGUCUACUCGGUGGCCUUCAGCCCGGACGGCAAGCACUUAGCCUCCGGCAGCUUCGACAAGUGCGUCCACAUUUGGAGCACGCAAACAGGACAGCUGGUGCACAGCUACAAGGGUACUGGCGGCAUCUUCGAGGUCUGCUGGAACUCCAAGGGAACUAAGGUCGGCGCCAGUGCCUCCGAUGGCAGCGUUUUCGUUUUGGAUCUACGAAAGUUCUGAUCGCUGCAGCUGCCUCUUCUGGAUUUCGUCUAUUGAGCAAACGCUUAUAUUAGCUAGGUGUCCCUUUUCCAACUCAUAAUUUGGUGGAAAUAGAAUCAGUAGGACUUUACUUGUCUUUGAAAUCAGAAAUUCUUAACUUUUAAAUUUUAUUAAGAAAUUUAAUUCUGUUAAAUUUUCAAAUGAAGUGAAAUAUCAUUAGUUCAAAAUCUGCCAAAGUAAAUAGAUUUGGAACUGGAAACCAGGCCGUAUAUAUCCUUUCUUAGCUAUCCCGCCCUGCAAUCUAUCUAUAUUUGUAAUUGCUUUAAUUUCUAAUUAGCUGUUUAAGAUUCAACUCUUGAGAUCCUCCCUUUUCUGUCCACGUCUUUUCCGUACGCUUAUUCUCGAGUCACACCAAGCCGAAAUGCGCCUGGGUUCCCAAAGGCUUCAACUUGGUUGUUGUUCUUUUCCGAUCUGCGGAAUGCGACUCGUCUCUUUUUAAACUUAGUUAUAAGCUCUAUGUUUCUAAGGUCGUCCCUUUUUAUACAGAAAUCGUUUAGUAUAACUUUAUGCAUUUUGUUAUUGUGUCGAUCGAAGAUACCAACCAACACCCACUCCAAAAACCUUAAUCAAAUCCCACAUAUUUCCUCUGAGAUAGAGGGAUUUCAACGAGAUCAGAUCAGACCGAUUCACGCAUACAUUCAGAACAGUGUAACUGCAUCCCCUGUAGUCUGUAAAAGAACGUAACCAUAAGAAUUAUAAAAACACGAGAAUGGCGAAAACACAAAAACAGCUAAAUCCAUUAAAGAUACAAAUUA